AUGGAUUUACCAAAGUGCUGCAACAAGAAAUGCUUCAGUAUCUCAAGUGUUUAUCUUGAGGAGAAGAGCAAAUAUGCCUGUCAGAGCUGAGCACAACUGAAGUUCCUCAAGGACCAAAAAGUUUUGCUAAUCGAUCCAAAAGUUCCAAAUGAUACACUGACAGGGCUCUCACAGUGCAUCAAAUUGUUCUCCCAAUCUGUCGAUGAAGAUGACGAUGAGGAUACUAUGGAAGAGGCUAAAACUCUCAUUGCUAAAUUUGACGAAGAAAUAAGCAAACUCUGUUCAAAACUCGAGAAAUCAAGUUCUGAUGGGGCCUACCACCAUUUUAUGUCUAUUCAGGAGGAUGCCCAAGCACUUUUCGCUACUCUCAAGAAAGAAAACUUGUACAUCGAAUUUGCCACAAAAUUUGUUUUUGACCAAACCUUGCAUCAAUGUUCGGGUAAAGAACAUAGCAGCCAAAGCCAUAAGACCUCUCAACCUCAGGUAGUUAAUACUCCUAUGCAUGCAGUACAAGAUGCUUGAGGAGAGGGUACUCCUUCUUGUAACAGCCAAAGCAUUGGCCAAAUAAAAGAGAGAUUGGAAAAACUUACAGAGGAGAUUAAUAACCUUGACCCAAGUCUUGGCCAACACAAGACGACUACCUUGACAGUAAUCAACAGUAUGAAAACACUCUUGAAGCACUUUGAAGGACUCCAUGAAAAGAGAAUAAACCAACUGAAGAAUUAUGAUGAGCUAUAUAAGACCGAACUAGAGCAGAAGGACAAGCUUAUUAAGAUUCUCCAAGACGAUGCCCAGAAAGAAUCAGAUAAGCUUCAUCAGCAAUUAUAUGAAAAAGAUCAAGAGAUAGACGAGAGAAACAAAAAGAUUACUGAACUCCUAAAGACGAAAGAUGUUCCAAUGGAGCUAGAACUGGAGUGUAUGAAGGCGCAAACCUGAGAUAGCACUGCUCUUCCUCAAAUAGAAAGCUACACGAAAGGAGAAUUCAGUGAUCUCCACAACAAAAACGUGGGAUAUCCUUCAGAAGUAGAUCCUGAUUCAACUCUCACGUUAGACUUGGAUGAUAAGUCUCAUCUGAAGCUUAUCUCUGCGGCGAAGAAGAGGUUCCCUAAUAUGGAAUGCCUAAAGAUUUUCAGAUUGAGGAAUGUGAAACAAAGUAUAUUAAAGAAACUAAUCGUAAAUCACUGUCCUUUAGAAGUACAAAAGCUAAAAAUGGGAUUUGAUACUUGCCAUCGUUUUGAUUACUCGAUAUAUCUGAAAGAAAUGGGAUUGAUAAGUAAAUGUGUAACAAAGGAACUCCAGCUCUGGGAUUUUAAAUUUAAACAAGAUAACAUCGCGAAGAUAUUUGAAAACUACAAACACGUUGAAAAGAUCAAUUUUCAUUUUUGUUUGUUUGAGAUUUUUUCAAGCCCAGAUUUUAGAGACUCCCUUCAAGGAUCAAAGAUUAAAAAUAUUUGAUUCGAUUAUGUAGGAUUCCAUGUCUGGGGUGAUUGGAAAAUAGAUCCUACCCAUUUUAUUAACCUAAUCAAAGGUUUUAGCAAAUCUGAGGACUUUAAAAAAUCUAUAGAAAUGAUUGAAGCCACCAGGAGUAGCUUAUCUGAUGAAGAUUUAAAACCAAUCCUGGACAAAUACGGAUUUGAGAAUGUAGCACUGAAUACUAAAUUUGUUUCGGCAGAUUACUAAUAAAAAAUCAACUCAA